GACACUGAAUUGGCCGAAUCAAGAUGAGCUGAUCAGCAAUCUUUACCAUCUAAACAAUUCCACUACUUUUCUUGAGUUUUCCCCCUUUUUCGAUACUACUCUCUCUGUUUCUCCUCUGUUCUCGAGGAUCGAAGGUAAUUGAACUCUGAUGUGAAGAAAGGCUUACUUGCAAGUUGCAACCUCUUAAUCAUUGUGUAUUUCUGAUCAAUCUGCUAGUUGUUUUUCCGGCUAUACCGACCGAGUUCGUGAAGUUCGUUUUAACUACAAUGGGUCUCUCCAGUCUUCCAGCUCCAUCUGAAGGAGUUCUGAAUGUGAUUCUUGUAAACACUGCACUGUCCAUUUCCAUGUUCAAAUGCAUUGUUCGUUUGAUCCUUCACAUGAUAGGAAUCCGUCUCUCAUGGCCAUCAUCCUUAGUCUCAUCAACAGAUUCCUUUGAAAGUUCCUCAGAGUUGGGAGAUUCCAAUUUUGGCUCCUCUUGGAGUUACCUCGAGAUGUUUCGGAACCGAUAUCUGAGUAUUAGAUUUGAUAAAAUACAGGGUUCAGAACGUCGUGAACAUGACUGCUCGGUCUGCCUAACUCAAUUUGAACCUGAAUCUGAGAUAAAUAUCUUAUCUUGUGGUCAUCUUUUUCACACAGAAUGCUUGGAGAAGUGGCUGGACUACUGGAACAUCACAUGCCCUCUUUGCAGAACUCCUCUAAUGUCUGAAGAAGAGAAAUCGUGCUUUUGGUGAGCAUUUAGUAUGCUAGAAUAUAGUUAGGAGAAACUCAUGUACAGCAUACUCUUAAAGAUAAUCGUGAAUGCGUUUCCUACCUUCGUCGUGUAUGACGUUUGAAGUUUGAUGUGUCAGACUGGUCUUUUGAGACCAAAGUUUUGUCCCUGUAAAUACAUGUGUAUUUCUAUGCUUCUGGCUUGUGCCUUUAGCUUUGAGUUAAUCCACUGUUCACUUCUUUGUAUAUGGAAUUGACGAGUAUGCAAAAAAGUUUUUCA